AUGGCGCCUUCAUUGAACACACAUUCGUCCUUCACGCGUCCGCGUACCAGUGAUCGGGAUGCCCGUCCCGGCACUCGUGACAACAACGACAACAAUUUAAUAAUUCCAAGCAGAACUUCGUCCUUGCACUCCCGAAUCACCCAACCGAUUCCGUCUCAGCUCAACUCGAAACCCCAGCAGAGAACCCCAAAGACAUUGACCCAUGCCUACAUGGUAUGUGGUGUUGGACGGGAGCCAUCACAAUGGGUCAAGGCUCCUGGCCCCGCGCAGGGUAAAAUUGGGCAUAUGAAGGGAGCUGUUGGGCAGUUCUGGCUCCCGGAGAUUCUGGGCAGCAGUCCUCGAUUAGAGCAAGAUAACGAAAUCGCUCGCGCCCUUCACGCUGCUAUGAGAGCUUGCUUCCCUCAUGAUGUCGAAAUAUGCACCGGCCGAAGCCAGCCACACUGUGUUCAUCACGCCUUCGUGCUUCAGCAGGACUCUUCCCACACGCUCUACGGUAUCUGCUUGCGCGUAUGGUCGAGAGCCGACGAGAAGAGAGCCGAGACUAUUAGGGAUCUGAGGAAGCGCACCGAGCCUGACUUCUACGACAACCCGGAUGAGACCUACUGGAUUCCGUACUGUUUGUCUUUCCUUUCGAGAUACCCCCUUUACAACCUUCUGGGCGACUAUCUCCGCGGUAUGUGGAUUCAUUGGAACAAGGCGACCAACCUGUUCCAUGCCGAGGAGGUGUCAAGAAUCCUCAGCUUCCCAGCUCCUCGCCUGAAUGACUUGGUCCGCAUUGAUAUGAAGGACUAUGCACUAUGCUACCAAUUCCCGUCGUCCCCAACCGGGUUCCAGAACUUUGCUAUGUGGCCGCUUUGGGCUUGCUUGUCUAUUCCCAACAUCGUGGGUGUCAUUGAAGCCGCCAUUUCGCCUACCCGACGAAUCAUCUUUGUCAGCCACUACCCAGCCAUGCUCACUAUGGCUGCUGAGACUAUCCGGUUUUGUGUAAGGGUCUACGAGUGGAGUGGUCUGUAUGUCCCGGUUGUGCAUGCUCGACAUGCCACCGAGCUCGUCCAGGAGCCCGGCCCAUACAUUCUUGGUAUCACUGCCGAAUGCCGAUCCCUCAUUACAGCCCCGAGUGAUGCUCUCGUUGUGGAUUUGGACCGCAACUUCGUUCUCACCUCGAGCCCACCGACUGCUUUAAAUCCCGGCCAGCGCAAUAAGUUUGUGUCUCGCCUGACUCAAGCACUCAAUGGUGAUGUCGCUCCAUCUGGUGUACCUCCUCAUUUACGCUCCGCUUACGGCGGCGGCAAGUUGGUCCCGGCUGGUCAAAUCAUUGUCAUGCGCGGUGAGGUCGAGUCUAUUCAGGAUCCCGAGUGGUGGAAUCAGGAUGCUGUGAUGGCCGUCAUGGACCACGUCUGCGAGAAAUUGGGCAGAAAUACUGGUCUGAAGGCUGUAUUCGGCGGUUCUGUCAAGAAGCCUCUUAUGACCAAGGUCUCUAUGAGGCAUCUCAACGAAAUCGUUAGAGAGCGCAACCAGUAUUCUCGCGAUGCGAUGGAGGCAUGGCAGGAUUUCAUCAACCUCAAGGGCCGCAUGGACACUGAGCUUGCUAAGGUCACCAAGCGCAACAACUACCUCGUCGAGGAGCUCGAAAGCUGGAAGACGCAGUUCCUCAAGUUCCAGGCAUUUGCUGAGCAGCUUACCAAGGAGACUCAGGACCUCAAAGUCAAGAUUGAGACCCACAAGCGUGAGAACCGUCGUCUGGCAGGCCUCAUCGACCAGCAGAAGGACGACAAUGCGAGGUUGUCUGUCCGUCUUUCUGGUACUGAAAAGCAACGAGACGACGCUUUGGAGGCUCUGGUACUCCAGCAAGAGAUUGCUGAAGAACUCGAGAGAGAGCGCAAGCGCAACAAGAAGGAACUGGCUGCUCUGCAAGCCACCAACUCCACGAUCAUGCGCCAGCGAGACGAAGCCCGCCGCGUGGUCUUGCACCUGCGCAGCUUGAUUGGUGGCCAAUCACAUCAUAUGGAGCACCUGGUGCACUCUCUUACCAAGCCUGAGGAGCUCAACGAGGAAGUUGAGGCUGGUUUCGAUGGCGAUGGCGAGGAAGCUCAUUCCGCUACUGAUGAACGCCUCGGCGAGACUCUUACUCGAGCCCACAAUGCCAACAAGCGCUUGAGCUUCCUUGACGUUUCCGACCGCCAUCUCAAGGACAAGACGGACGCCAUUGCUCAUAUCAUUCGCAACAUUGCCGAGCAAUGUCAGGCUGCAGUGGAGAGCCUGCAACUCGCCAACGAUGCUGAAAUCGGUUCUCUCAGUUCCCGCCCAGGCUCUCGUGCCAGCUCUCACCGCAGCUCUAUCGCCAACUCUCGCCGGGCCAGCAACCUAUCCAUCGCGCAAAGCGACGCGUCUACCUCUGCUUCGGACGUCGGUGAUGAUAGCCGCCUCCACCCGUCUGGACGAGCUUCCAGCAUUCCGCCUACUCCAGACUUGAUUCCCAACAGAAGCAGCACGUCCAUGUCAAUCGCCUCGACCAUGACUACACCCGAGCGUUCUAGCCAGCAGUACAUGACUCAUGCUGAUAUUCCCACGAAGAUUGUCGAGGACGACGAGGAAAGUCUAGCUGAGCGAAGCGACAAUGAAACCGUCUCCCACGAGCCUGGUAUUGUCGGAAAGCAUGAUUUAAUGCACCGCCCAUCUGGUGCCCGAAUCAGUGCUCUUGGUGGUACUCGAUGA